AAAAUAUGUAAUGGCUGUUUGAGAAAAUGAGUGGGUAGAUUAAAGAUUUAGAAGUAGGGCUGCUCUGUUAAAUGUGAUGACUCAAGUCAUCUUGGAGUCCCCAGUCAAACUGUCAAAUCUAAAUUUUUAUCUGUCAGUGAAAUUGCCAAAUGGUCACUUUUAUUAAAUUCACACAGCACAGAAUAAAUGAUUAGGCCUUAAUGUUUCACAGGUCUAGUUUUUAAAAUGACUAAUUCACUUAGUGCAUCUUGAAGAUGUGUGCCAAACAAUUUCCAAAGUAGCUUUUUGGACCGGACUUUUCCUACUUUCCAGGCACUCAUUCAUGUUCAUACUUUAGGAAAACUGGCUUGGAGAGACUUGAAACUUGCUUUUUUAAAUGUAAUUCUGUCACAGUGAUCAGUGUGUCCUCUUAUAUUUGUCAAAUAUGCAUUGUUAACCCUGUGAGGCAACAGCUGCAAAAUUACAUACAUCACUUUUAGCUAUCCCAAAAAAACACCGUAAAUGUUUUUUUAAAGACCACAUUUACAUAGUCAAUGGGUCCUAUUGUUCAUCCUUGCAAUGCUAUUGGAUAGUAAAUGUGUUUAUAUGUCCGGCCAUCUGGCCAUGAACUCACACAGCCUGAAAACUUUCCUUGAAGCACAUCUUUUUGUUUUACUUGACUGGAUUUGUCAAGAUUCAAGUAAGUAAAACGCUUUACACAUUUUUUUGUGAUGAUUUCAAUGUCUAGAACAUGUAGAUAUUCAGUUAUUGUGGAAUACAUCAAUCAAAAUUGAUUUUGAGCUUGUUAUGUCUGUGUUGCAAUUCUACAUAUCUGGGUGAGGUUGGUGGUCAAAAUAAUGUGCACAUUACAUGGGGACAUUGCACUUUUCACAUGUUCACAUAUGGAAAAAAAUACUACAGAAAUAUAAUAUCUUUUAUAACUAAGUUCUAAAUCUCUUUUCUCUGUUAAAAUUUUGAGUUUAGACCAGAAUUUAAUAAAUGAAUACGUUAUUUCUGGUUGCAGUAUUUGAAACUGUAUCUAUAUCUUUUUUCUGGGCUUUUUGUUUGACCAAAAAGCAUCUUGUUGCAUUAGGCAGAAACAGGUUCUGAAUGUUUUGGGGGGUGAGAAUAGUUCUGAAUGUGGGGAUGCACUAAGUGUUCUGGGGGAUGCAAGUAUUUCUUUUAGUAUGAUAAGUAGAGAGGUUCUGAAUGUUUUGGGGGACACUCGUUGCAUUGUUCGUGGACAGGUGAGAAUGGUCCUAAAUGUGGGGAUAUAAGUUUCUGGGGGGAUGCAUGUAUUCCUUUUAGUAUGAUAAGUAGAGAGCAUUAUAAGCUCACCAGACAGUAUUGUGGGAAUUUAGUGGAAUGUGCAAAUAGGAUCAGGACUAAUUUGCAUUGAAAUUAUUUAGCCUGGAAAAUACUUAGCUCUCUACCCUGAACACUUGGUCUACCACCCUAUCUAUUCCUUCAGCUUCUCUACUACAAUAAAAUACUCAUGUAUUAAUACUCUAUGUACUACACUAUAAAAUACUCUGUGUAUUAUUUAUACUGUACAUAUAUAUUUAUUUUCUGUACUUUUUCCAUUUCAGGAUGCAAGCAGCAAAGAGAGAUCUGCUAUACAGUGUGCAGGAUGUGAUUGUUGCUGUCAAAAAUGGAGAGAGUGAUUUUGAGAUGGACUCAGACGACACUGAUGUGAGUGAUGAAGAGGCAGAUGAAGAUGUCCCUGGAGUGGACAAAGAAAACCAGCAACCCACUGACUGCCAAGCUGGUGAUUUUGUGGGCAUCAAGCCCCAACAAAACAAACCAGACCAGACCAUGGCCUAUGACAGGUAUCGUUGGCUGAAAAAGGAUUUUAUCAGUCCCAAUACUGAUUUUUCUGGUCCGGCUAUCACAGAUGAUGCCGUUUCCCUCCACACACCACUGGAGUACUUCCAGAAGUUUGUAUCAGAAGACAUGAUUCAGGCUCUGACGAAAAACACAAAUGAGUACAGCUUUCAAAAGAGUGGAACAUCUAUAAACACCAAUACAAAGGAAAUUGAAAAAAUGAUUGGCAUGUACCUGAAGAUGGGCCUCAUGCAAAUGUCUGGAGUCUGUAUGUAUUGGGAGACAGACACGCGGUACCCCCCUGUUUCUGAUGUGAUGCCACGCAACAGAUUCCAAUCUCUGUUGACAUCAUUACAUUUUGUAAACGACUUGAAAGUGUCGGAGACGGAAAAGAAAGACAAACUCUGGAAACUCAGACCAUGGCUUGAUUCGUUUAGAGAGAAAUGCCUGCAGGUGGUGCCAGAAGAGCACAACUCUGUGGAUGAGAUGAUGAUUCCUUUUAAGGGGAAAUUCAGCAACAUUAAGCAAUAUAUGCGAGGCAAACCACAGCCAUGGGGGUUCAAACUGUGGGUAAGAACUGGAAGCUCUGGCAUGCUCUGUGACUUUGAUGUGCACCAAGAGAGUGUCGAUGGAAUACAAGCAAAAUCUGAACUUGGAUUGCCAGGUGAUGUUGUGAUGAAGCUUGCCUCCACGCUUCCAGAAGGUCAGAACUACAAGGUCUAUGCAGACAACUACUUCACCAGUGUCCCAUUGGUAGUUAAGCUCCUUGAUCGUGGAAUUCAUUAUAUGGGAACAGCCAGGCAGGUACGCCUACCCAACUGUAACCUUGAAGACGAGAACAGCUUGAAGAAAAGGGGGAUAGGAAGCUUUGAUGUCAGGGUGGAGGGGAACCACAACAUCUGUGCUGUCAAAUGGUAUGACAAUGGGGCAGUCACAUUUGUGUCAUCCUUUGCUGGACCAGAGCCUGUGCAGAAGAUUCAACGCUGGGAUAAUGCUGCCAAAACCUACAUUAAAGUUGAGAGGCCUUUCAUCGUGGGUACCUACAACAAAUACAUGGGAGGUGUGGAUCUGUUGGACUCAUUUGCAGCCAAAUACAAGUUCCCCAUGAAAUCCCACCGCUGGUACAUCUACAUCUUCUGGCACACCAUUAUCCUCGCUGUGAUCAACGCCUGGCUCCUCUACAAGCGGGACUGCAAAGCUCUCAAGGUUUCUAGGAAAGAAAUACUGAACAGGAGACAGUUUCAGGCUCAACUAGCAUCCUCUCUCAUCCUGGUGAACACAACUCUCACUGAACCAUCUUUAGAUCAUGGAAGCCCGGUAACACAGACAUCAAGGAGCCCUUUGAAAGCUCAGAAGAGACCAUUGUCAGGUGAUAGGAGUCCACUAAACGGGGUCCCAGCCAAGAGGUCAGCUGUACACCCUCCACUGGAUGUACGAAAGGACCAAAUCGCACAUUUCCCAGUGAAGACGAAGAGAGGACGCUGCCGACACUGCAGUAAAGGCUACACCAACACGCUAUGCAGCAAGUGUAAUGUUCGUCUUUGCUUUUCAGAGGAAAAGAACUGUCUUUGGGACUAUCACUGUAAAUGACCAUGGCUGAUGGGCCUGAGACGAAAUUCAGAGACCAUCCUCAGGUGAUGGGAGUCCAUCAAACAGGGUCCCGGCCGAGAGGUCAUCUGUACACUCCCCACUGGAUGUAUACACAGACCUUACUGUUUUCAGUUUUGUAAAUACAAUUUUAUCCUGUUUUUUUGUAUCAAUAAAUGACCAUGCAUACAAAA